AAUAUAUUUCUUGCUUUCCUUAAUCCAAAACCGUCCUGUUUUUCCUUCGCUUCCCUUUUAUCUGUAUCUUCGAUUCUCUUAUUACUUUUCCCUUUUUUUUUUUUUUUUCAAAUUUCCUGCUAUUUUAAUUUCUUAAUAUUAUUUACUGCGAUUUCUCUGUCACAACACAACACAACAUUUCCUUUCCUUUCCUUGCUUAAGUUCUCUUUCUCCGGCGGCUGUCAGUUUCCAAGGUUUCUCUUUUUAACUGUUCAUUGCGGUGGAGAGGAGUUUUGAUUUUUUUUGUUUUUUCCCCUUUUCUUUUAAUUGGAAAAGAAAAAUUAUGACAGGAGUAUUCUACUUUUAGCUCCGCAAGAUCUGAAGCAAUAUCCAUUUCCCUUGAUGGCUACUGAGGCUGAGGACCAAAUGGAAGGCAAAACAUCGGUUAAUGCUCUUAAAUCCGGUAUAUGCCGUUCCAAUGGCAGCCCACAAUCUGAGACGUUGAUCCAAUUGCAUGAGUUGUACACAUUUAAGCAUGAUCAUACGCUGAAGGUCAGGAAACCAUAUACCAUAACUAAACAAAGGGAAAAAUGGACUGAGGAAGAGCAUCAGAAGUUUCUUGAAGCUUUAAGGUUGUAUGGUCGUGGCUGGCGCCAAAUAGAAGAGCAUGUAGGCACCAAAACUGCAGUUCAAAUUCGAAGCCAUGCUCAAAAGUUUUUCUCAAAGGUUGUCCGGGAGUCAAAUGGUGGCUUUCAGUGUUCCAUUAAGCCAAUUGAGAUACCCCCUCCUCGUCCAAAAAGAAAGCCAAUACGUCCAUAUCCCCGCAAAUCUGUUGAUUCGCACAAAGGAAUAUCGGCAUCAUCUCAACCAGAGACAUCUUCAUCCCCCAAUCACUUUGUCACAGAACAAGAUAACAAAUCGCUGGCAUCAGUCUUGUCUGCCUUUGCUUCCGAUGCAAUGGGGUCAACUGACUCUGAGCAACAAAACGGAUGUUCUUCCCCAACUUCUUCUAGUACCAAUAUGGAGUCAAUCAAUACAUCCCCUGUUGAAAAGGAAAUUGACCAUGUGACAUCUAACUUAUCUGCAGAGGAAGAGAAAGCAUCUUUGUCAUCUGCUAAUAUGUUAGGUCAUUCAGCUGUGGAGAACAUAUUUUUCAUGAAAUCCAAUGUAGAUUUCAAGGACCCUAUGUGUGCCAAAGGAGAUGCAACAACAGUUGUGCCUUUCACUAGUAUUAAGCUUUUUGGAAAAAUAGUUCAGGUGAAAGAUUCUGUUAAACCUUUCAUGUGUGCAGAAAAUUUAAAGUCGCAAACAUCUAAGACUGGUCAAGAGGAUAUUGGUGCUGUUAGUGAGAUACUUGUUCAGGCAUUACCAUCGACAUACUUGGACACACGUUUGUCACUUGGGGCAGUCAUAGAUGAUUGGAGUAUGGUGCCUUCCAGAGCUAACUUAUCCCCUCACAUGGAAAUUCAUCCAGAUAAAAAUGACCAUGUAGAAUCCACCAGUGGUGCUACUCUGCCACGUUGGGCUUUUCACCCAGGUCUACCCUUUUAUUACAUUACCUCAUUUAAUCAAACGCAUAUGGAUUUUUGUUUCAAAGAGAGGAUGAAAGAGAAGGAAAUUUUAAAUGAAAGAUCCUGUACUGGUUCAAAUACUGGCACAGUUCCUCGAGCAGAAAAUAGGGAGAAGAAUUCAGAUUCUGUUGAUUCUCAAUCCCAACAUCCUUGUCCCGAGGGAAGAAUGAUUCCUCAAAAGUGUAGUAAGGGGUUUGUUCCGUACAAAAGAUGUUUAGCAGAAAGAGACAUGACAUCAUCUGUGGUUGCAUCCGAAGAGCGAGAGAGGCAAAGAGCCCGAGUAUGCUCAUAGCAGGCAGUGCUUUUCUUCUGGAAACGAAAUAUUAAAAUGUUUUAAGCUAAUUUAGUUAGUGGGAGGAUGACAAAUAAUUGUUUCAGGUGUUGGUUUACAAAGAUUAUAGGCCAAAGUUUCAACGAAUUCUAGACUAUUUUUUUCUGUUUCUAUAUAUCUUCAGAUGGCGCUUUUGCUGGUUGGUGGACGCAAAAGAAGCAAGGGAGCUGAUGGCAGCUUGUCAUAUAUGGUUCAACGUGUCUAUAUUCCAGAGUUGGAAUUGCCCAACAUAAUCUUGAAUGAAGGGUCCAUUCUGUGUUAAGAGUUAGAGGUCUAAUAUAGUUUUACAUGUCAAGCGUCACAAGUGUUAAAUAUAUAUAUAUAUAUAUAUAUAUGUAUGUUCUGGAUGCUAAUUUGUUUUGCAGCAAUUUUUGUAUCUUGUGUUUCAGACUUUUCUCCCUUUCUUGUUUCGACCAGACAACUUGUUUCUUCUCCCUCCAACAUAAAACGUUGACCAAUUCUGCGUAUGUUUCUUCUCGCGUUGGUGUUACAUGUAUAAUGACCCAAAUAAGAAUCAAUUUUGAAGAAACAUUCUCUCUGCCAGAGAGACUGUUCUGUUAGUUUUGUUCAGUGAGAUAUUAGUAGAGCCAUGCAUGAUUGGUAUGAGAUUGGUUAUAGUUGUGAAGAAUCACAAGGUUUGAUGAAUCAUAUUGGCAAUAAUGAGAUAGCCACAGGUU